GAAGUGUUCCCAGGGACUACACAAACCACACAAACAGAGAGAGGGAGAUAGAGAGAGAGAGAGUGCUCCCACAGUUUUUCUUUGUUUCCAAAAACCCACACUCCUCUGCUGCUCAUUAAUUACACUCCUACCCCUCCUUUUCUUUCCUUUUCUUCUACCUCCCCUUCCCCUUCUCCUCCUCCUCCUCCUCCUCCCAUCCUUUUCCAAAAAUCCCUCCUUUACACUUUGAUUAUUGGUUCCACUACUUCAACACUCCCCCCCUCCCACCCCUUCUUAUUAAUACCCAUCUCACCUAACUAUAUUUACACUGUAGUGCAACAAAUGGAUUCCUAUACUUCCUCUUCUUCUUCUUCUUCUUCUUCUUCUUCUUCUUCUUCUUUUGAUGAGUGGGUUCGGAGGGGAUGUGGGAGCUAUGGUGCCAUGGCUUCUCAGGUGGCUGGGAGGGUGCUUUGCGCCACCAUCACAUGCAUUUUUGCUAUAGUGGGCUCAUUUGUCGGCGCCGUCACCGGUGCUUUGAUCGGCUUAGCGACCGAAAGCGGGAUGUUCCGAGGGGCCGGGAUUGGGGCUAUUUCCGGCGCGGUCUUCUCGAUCGAGGUCGUCGAAUCAUCUCUCGAUCUGUGGAAGUCGAAUGAGUCUGGAAUAUGGAGCAUAUUGUAUGUGAUGGACAUCAUCUGUAGUCUUCUGAGUGGGCGACUUGUAAGGGAAAAGGUCGGUCCUGCAGUGCAGAGUGCUGUACAGAGCCAGAUGAGUGCUUUAGGCUCAUCGUACAUGGAAGUUCCUGAUUUCUUCGAAACUGGAGGAACGAGAGGCGUAUCAAAGGAUUCAAUUGACAAUAUCCCAAAGAUUAGAAUUACCAUGGGAAAUAAAGUCGACGAAACGGGAGAGAACAUCUGCUGUUCUGUAUGCCUCCAGGAUUUCCAAGUUGGAGAGAUUGUAAGAAGCUUGCCUUAUUGCAGACACAUGUUUCAUUUGCCGUGCAUCGACACUUGGCUCACAAAGCACGGUUCCUGCCCACUGUGUAGACGAGAUGUCGAAACCACUAAUGUAUGCAAACUAUAGGCGCAUAUAAAUGUAUAUGUAAUCGUCCAACGAACAUUGGACUUUGUAAUCCAUCUAUAAUUAUACAGAGUUCUUCGCCUUUUAUGGGGCUACAUCUUUGCAGAAUCGGCAGAGUUCUAUGACCCCUGUGUCAUCCAUUAAUCUCAUGCAAAGGACUAGUCAAUUUCUGACGAGCUUAAACAAGUAUAAACAAUUACCCUUGCAAAUACGAUGCAUUUAUUCA